CCAACUCGGCUCCAGCUUCUGAAUGUACCGAAACCGACGACCUCGAAAGGCCUGGGUGAUAGUAUUCAAGGAAUUGACUGCCACGGACGACGCAUCACACAAUGGCUGAGACAGCGACAAAGCAGUCGACCCCGUCCUUUGUCGGGACCAGCAAGGUCGUUCAGACCGAGUAUCCCCUCAUUGAUAACGAUCCUCACUUCAAGCGAGUCGUGGGUUAUGCCCGUACAUCCGAUUACAUCGCCGGCACCGUCGCCGCCGCUUUCGCUCCUACUGCUCUCUACGCCCUCGAGAAGUUCGCUCCCUCACAUGUAGGAAAGGGAGGUUUCCCCAAGGCCAUGCGACUGGCUGGUGGUGUUGGUCUCUUGGGUGGUUUCCUCUACUUUUACCAGCGAUCAGCCCUCCGAUUCUACGGCGCUACCGAGAACGCCCGCGAGAUUGAGAUGGACAUGCGCGAGAUGGUCGAUAAGGUCAAGAAGGGCGAGCCUCUAUAUGGCGUCAGCCGGCUAAGCCCUCAUCUUCAGGGUGUUGCUGCCCGACAGAGCAGAUACUCUGCUCUGUUCCUUAGCACAAUUCCUUGGUUCAACUUUGUCAACCAUAACCAGCAUGGUGUCGACACAGCCAAGUACUACCAGCAGGCUGAGCGGGAACUUGAGGCUGAGCGCUCGUAAGAGAGGAGAGAAAGAGAUUAAGAUUUACGGAGGGCGAGAGGAGGAUUGGAUGGGAAAAGAGGUGUACAUUACCAGCGGAGGUGGGCAUCGCCUCGACGGCCUGGCGAGUUUAUUUGUGAGAUGGAAAUAGAUUCCUUGAACCAUUUGUUUGUGUCAUAUUGGUGCUUUUAUGAUGACCCUAACAAUUCGGCUUGAGAGAAGGCAAGUUAAACAGAUCAAGUGUCUUGUUCUACAAGAAAUGAGCUGUAGUGGACUUGAUAGACCUUGUCUAUAUCUGCUAUCGAAUAGUCAUGAUAUGGUAGAGGCAUGCAGAUCAUGGACAACCAUAACCCUACGCCUUAUACUAUGGAUCGUCAGUACCAGAGUCUCAUCCUGUUCACAUUAUUCUCACAGUUUGAACAUGAUAUGGAUGUUUCUUAUUUGAGAUAUGUUAUGCCCGUUUAACGCCUGUUCUCGUGAGAGAUAGCCAGACCAACUUGGCUGACUCACUCUUCUUUUACACCGGAGAUACGGGCCAAGAAUACAAAUAUGGCAAGAGGUUAUUCUCAACUAGUAAUUCAUAUACAAGUAGUGUCAGAAUGUAACAUUCUCACGAC